AAUAAGAAGAACCGCUGUUAUCAUUUCUUCCCGCGGGGUGAUAAGUGUUAUUUUGCAUAGCGAAAGUGUAUUUCUAUUUUACCUGGUAUACUUACAGUAGUAUUUCUGAAAUAAGAGGGUAGUUAUUACUUCCUUGCUACUUUCCAGCGUCAGCUGGCUAGCUCGUCUAGCCCGAGCAGAAGUAUGUUAGCACAAGUGUGUUAGCAGACUCUAGCAAGUAAAGCUAACGUAGCAUUUAGUGAGCUAGUCAACUCCAGGUUGGGGUUGAAGUGUCUGUGUUCAAGGAGGACUCGAGUUACCCCCAAUAAUGUCUCUGACCGCUGUUAAUGGACCACUGUCGAGCUUGAAAUCUUGUCGGGUGGACAUCGGGACAGGGAUGGACAUAGUGACAGAUGUGGCCAUGGACCUGGCGGAAGCUCAAGGUGCAGAUGAAGAGCUGAACCCCGGCAUCAAAGAGAUGGAGGCCAUGAUCCUGGAGUGUGCCAGGCUGGACAGAGAGAUCAACCACUUUGUUGAUGUGGUGGAACGAGUUACGGCUGAGGUUACUUCACAGCAGCCAGAGGCCAUGUUCAGCCUGUCGGACAAUGUGAAGCAGCAGUUCACAGAAAGACUCGCCAGGCUCUCUGAUGCCGAAUUGCACAAACACCAGAAAGUAGUGACCUUCAAGGAAAACAUCAAGAACUCUCUAAUGCAAGCCAACAAAGAGUCAACAGAGAACAUGGAGGAGCUAGAUGAGGACAUCGCUGUUACACAGAGCCAAGUCAACUUCAGCUGCCCACUCACUCAGAUGGAAAUGGUGAACCCGGUGAAGAACAAGAAGUGUAACCACCACUAUGACGAAGAGGCCAUCCUGGGCCUGAUCAAAAAACGACAGAGCCAGAAAAAGAAAUGCUGCUGCCCUGUGGUUGGCUGUGGGAACACAGAGGUGAAACAGUCAGACCUCGUCCCAGACCAGAUGCUGAGGAGAAAGAUCCAGAUGCUAAAAAGGCAGAACAAGACGUAGUAAUGUUCUUUUUUAUUAUUAUUAUUAGCUAAACUAGAUUUCUCCGAGUUAUUUGUACAUUGAGUCGAGUAUAUUUUCAUCAGUAAUGUUCUCAUGUUGCGAGUCAGCAUUGUUUUGUAAUUUUUUUUUACUUUAUUUUAAACCUCAGAGUUUUGAGGUGGCGACUUUUCACCUGGAGCAUUUUUGUUAACUCCAGUUUGUUCAAUAGAAAUAAAAGCUGAUGACUCAAA